AAUAAAUACACAUGAUGACACACAUAUGGUUCAUCUAACAAUAACUCCGUUCUUAUCUAUAUCUUCCAUUCUCAGUUAGAGCUCAAGAAUUUACCAGUUCUCUCCAUAUCGCUCACAUACUUUCUCAGUUUGCAGUUGAUCAUCAUUCUAUGAUUUGUGUUCAUGGACAUAGAGAAGACUAAUGUAAUAUGAGGUGUUUGUUGAACUUAAAACAAAGUAUGACACGGGGCAGGAAAGACAAAGUAUUUGAAGACUCGAAAUGGCGAAGAUGUACCGGAAGUUGGCACCAUGCGGUGGUGAAGGAGGACAUGAAUGGGACGAUGAUGUGUACCAGGGUAUAAGAAAAGUGUAUGUAGGGCAAGCUUUCACGCGUAUCACUUACGUCAAAUUCGAGUACGUGAAAGAAGACGCCGAAGUAGUAACACGUGAAUAUGGGACAAUAAGUUUUCAGCCUGAAGAGUUUUCACUUGAUCCGGACGAGCACAUUAUAGAGGUGCAAGGAAGGUGCCACCGCCUCGAUGUCAAGGAGGUGAUCACGGCACUUUUCUUCAAGACCUCGAAGGGUAAAAUGUCUCCAGUGUUUGGUCCAAAGAAAUUGCUUAAUGGUUUCGCCGGUACAGAGUUCCUUUUUUACGAUGGAGGAAACAAAAUCGUAGGGUUUCAUGGACGGUCGGGUAAUGCUCUCGACGCUCUUGGAGUUUACUUUGCACAGAACUGUUUGACCACGCCGUUCCCUAUUUACAAGUUAGAAGCUCGAGGGGGUACAAAAGGGCGUGUUUGGGACAAUGGUUAUUACGAUGGCGUCAAAAUGAUGCGGGUUGGUGAAGAUAAUUGCCGUAUAACUUAUUUAGAGUUCGAGUACGAGAAAGGGAAGGAGAUAGAGACACAUCACCAUGGGGUGAAAGGGGAAACACCAUCUGAGUUUGUGCUUGACUGCCCGGAGGAAUACAUCAUAUCGGUGGAAGCAACAUAUCAUAAGCCGAGCUUUUUUCGCAAUACCGUUAUUACGUCGCUUAAGUUCGAAACAUCAAAGGGGAUAACAUCAUUCUUUGGGUACAAUGUGGGCACGAAGUUUGUCCUGAAGCAAAAAAAUUGUAGACUUGUCGGGUUCCAUGGAAUGGAUGGUGAUGCUAUUGAUGCUCUUGGAGCAUACUUUGCAAAGAUUCCUACUCUUACGCCCUUGACUCAAUCCAAGAAAUUGUCAUCGGUAGGCGGCAACGGAGGAGUUAUAUGGGAUGACGGUGUCUACGACGGUGUAAGGACUAUAUACGUCGGACAAAGUAACGACUGUGUAUCCUUUGUUAAGUUUGAGUAUAUUAAAGGCACAGGCUUGGUUUCUGGAGAGGACCAUGGGAAGAAGACAUUACUCGGAGUUGAAGAGCUUGUUCUUGAGGAUGGUGAAUAUAUCACUGUCUUGGAAGGCUGCUACAACAAGAUCUUCAGAGUUGAGGAACCGGUAAUUAUCUCUCUUAGGUUCAGGACGAACAAAAGGCAGUCAGUUCAGUUUGGAAUGGAUUCCGGUGAGAAAUUCUUGCUUGGGGAGAAUGGGUACAAGAUCAUUGGGUUCCAUGGACAAGUUAGUGAUGUUAUUCACAGUGUUGGAGUCACUAUCAUGCCCAUCACGACAACAGAGUGAAAAGCCUUUUUUUUUUUUUUUUUUUUGUAACAUCAGAGUGAAAAGCCUUCCAUUACAUUAAUAUAACAAGCCAGUGAAAUAAAACUAUCAAUAAAUCUGGUGUGUGUAUAAUAUAAUCCUGUACAUUACAUUUAAUAUUUCGCUAUGUUCAA